GUUAACGAGAGUAAAGAACCGAAGGAAUGUUAACGAGAGUAAAGAACCGAAGGAAUGUUAACGAGAGUAAAGGAGAGGAGGAACGUUAACGAGAUUUAAGGAGUCAGUCUGGGGGUUCUAAGGGGCGGGUCCGCCCCGAAGGAAUGUUAAUGAGAAUAAAGACGGAGGAACGUUAACGAGAGUAAAGAACCGAAGGAAUGUUAACGAGAGUAAAGGAGAGGAGGAACGUUAACGAGAUUUAAGGAGUCAGUCUGGGGGUUCUAAGGGGCGGGUCCGCCCCGAAGGAAUGUUAAUGAGAAUAAAGACGGAGGAACGUUAACGAGAGUACAGAACCGAAGGAAUGUUAACGAGAGUAAAGGAGGAACGUUAACGAGAGUAAAGAACCAAAGGAAUGUUAACGAGAGUAAAGAACCGAAGGAAUGUUAACGAGAGUAAAGAACCGAAGGAAUGUUAACGAGAGUAAAGGAGAGGAGGAACGUUAACGAGAUUUAAGGAGUCAGUCUGGGGGUUCUAAGGGGCGGGUCCGCCCCGAAGGAAUGUUAAUGAGAAUAAAGACGGAGGAACGUUAACGAGAGUAAAGAACCGAAGGAAUGUUAACGAGAAUAAAGGAAAGGAAGAAUGUUAACGAGAGUAAAGGAGGAGAAACGUUAACGAGAGUAAAGAACCGAAGGAAUGUUAACGAGAAUAAAGACGGAGGAACGUUAACGAGAAUAAAGAACCGAAGGAAUGUUAACGAGAGUAAAGGAGGAGGAACGUUAACGAGAGUAAAGGAGGAGGAACGUGAACGAGAGUAAAGAACCGAAGGAAUGUUAACGAGAAUAAAGGAGGAGGAACGUUAACAAGAGUAAAGAACCGAAGGAAUGUUAAUGAGAAUAAAGGAGGAGGAACGUUAACGAGAGUAAAGAACCAAAGGAAUGUUAACAAGAAUAAAGGAGGAGGAACGUUAACGAGAGUAAAGAACCAAAGGAAUGUUAACGAGAGUAAAGGAGGAGGAACAUUAAUGAGAGUAAAGAACCGAAAGAAUGUUAACGAGAGUAAAGGAGGAAGAACAUUAACAAGAGUAAAGGAGGAGGAACGUCAACGAGAGUAAAGAACCGAAGGAAUGUUAACGAGAGUAAAGGAGGAGGAACGUCAACGAGAGUAAAGAACCGAAGGAAUGUUAACGAGAGUAAAGGAGGAGGAACGUUAACGAAAAUGAAGGAAAGGAAGAACGUUAACAAGAUUUAAGGAGAGGAGGAACAUUAACGAGAGUAAAGGAAAGGAGAAACGUUAACGAGAAUAAAGAAUGUUAACGAGAAUAAAGGAGGAGGAACGUUAAUGAAAGUAAAGCAAAGGAGGAAUGUUAACAAGAUUUAAGGAAAGGGGGAACAUUAACAACAUUUAAGUAGAGGAGGAACGUUAACGAGAGUAAAGGAGAGGAGGAACGUUAACGAGAUUUAAGGAGAGGAGGAACGUUAACGAGAUUUAAGGAGAGGAGGAACGUUAACGAGAGUAAAGGAAAGGAGGAAUGUUAACGAGAUUUAAGGAAAGGAGGAACGUUAACGAGAAUAAAGGAAAGGAGGAACGUUAACAAGAUUUAAGCUGAGGAGGAACGUUAACGAGAGUAAAGGAGGAGAAACGUUAACGAGAAUAAAGGAAAGGAGGAACGUUAACAAGAAUAAAGGAAAGGAGGAACGUUAAUGAGAAUAAAGGAGGAGGAGUGUUAAUGAGAUUUAAAGAGAGGAGGAACGUUAACGAGAGUAAAGAACAAGGAACGUUUAUGAGAGUAAAGGAAAGGAGGAACGUUAACGAGAAUAAAGGAGGAGGAGUGUUAAUGAGAUUUAAAGAGAGGAGGAACGUUAACGAGAGUAAAGAACAAGGAACGUUAACGAGAGUAAAGGAAAGGAGGAACGUUAACAAGAUUAAAGGAAAUGAGGAACAUUAACGAGAGUAAAGAACAAGGAACGUUAACGAGAGUAAAGGAAAGGAGGAACAUUAACAAGAUUAAAGGAAAGGAGGAACGUUAACGACAGUAAAGAACAGAAGGAACAUUAACAAGAUUAAAAAAAAGGAGGAACGUUAACGACAGUAAAGAACAGAAGGAACAUUAAUGAGAGUAAAGGAGAGGAGGAACAUUAACGAGAAUAAAGAAUGUUAACGAGAAUAAAGGAGGAGGAACGUUAACGAGAGUAAAGGAAAGGAGGAAUGUUAACAAGAUUUAAGAAGAGGAGGAACGUUAACGAGAAUAAAGAAUGUUAACGAGAAUAAAGGAGGAGGAACGUUAAUGAAAGUAAAGGAAAAGAGGAAUGUUAACAAGAUUUAAGGAAAGGGGGAACAUUAACAACAUUUAAGUAGAGGAGGAACGUUAACGAGAGUAAAGGAGAGGAGGAACGUUAAUGAGAUUUAAGGAGAGGAGGAACAUUAACGAGAGUAAAGAACAGAAGGAACAUUAACAAAAUUAAAGGAAAGGAGGAACGUUAACGACAGUAAAGAACAGAAGGAACAUUAAUGAGAGUAAAGGAGAGGAGGAACAUUAACGAGAAUAAAGAAUGUUAACGAGAAUAAAGGAGGAGGAACGUUAAUGAAAGUAAAGGAAAGGAGGAAUGUUAACAAGAUUUAAGGAAAGGGGGAACAUUAACAACAUUUAAGUAGAGGAGGAACGUUAACGAGAGUAAAGAAGAGGAGGAACAUUAACAAAAUUAAAGGAAAGGAGGAACGUUAACGACAGUAAAGAACAGAAGGAACAUUAAUGAGAGUAAAGGAGAGGAGGAACAUUAACGAGAAUAAAGAAUGUUAACGAGAAUAAAGGAGGAGGAACGUUAACGAGAGUAAAGGAAAGGAGGAAUGUUAACAAGAUUUAAGAAGAGGAGGAACGUUAACGAGAAUAAAGAAUGUUAACGAGAAUAAAGGAGGAGGAACGUUAAUGAAAGUAAAGGAAAAGAGGAAUGUUAACAAGAUUUAAGGAAAGGGGGAACAUUAACAACAUUUAAGUAGAGGAGGAACGUUAACGAGAGUAAAGAAGAGGAGGAACGUUAAUGAGAUUUAAGGAGAGGAGGAACGUUAACAAGAGUAAAGAACAGAAGGAACAUUAACAAGAUUAAAGGAAAGGAGGAACGUUAACGACAGUAAAGAACAGAAGGAACAUUAAUGAGAGUAAAGGAGAGGAGGAACGUUAAUGAGAUUUAAGGAGAGGAGGAACGUUAACGAGAGUAAAGAAUGUUAACGAGAAUAAAGGAGGAGGAACGUUAAUGAGAGUAAAGGAGAGGAGGAACGUUAACGAGGAUAAAAGGAAAGGAGGAACAUUAACGAGCGUAAAGAACAAAAGGAACGUUAACCAGAUUUACGGGGAGGACAUACGUUAAUGAGAGUAAAGGAGAGGAGGAACGUUAACGAGAAUAAAGAACCGAAGGAACGUUAACGAGAUUUAAGGAGAGGAGGAACGUUAACGAGAAUAAAGGAGGAGGAACGUUAACGAGAGUAAAGAACCGAAGGAACGUUAACGAGAUUAAAGAACCGAAGGAACGUUAACGAGAUUUAAGGAGAGGAGGAACGUUAACGAGAAUAAAGACGGAGGAACGUUAACGAGAUUUAAGGAGAGGAGGAACGUUAACGAGAGUAAAGGAGGAGGAACGUUAACGAGAUUAAAGACGGAGGAACGUUAACGAGAUUUAAGGAGAGGAGGAACGUUAACGAGAAUAAAGGAGGAGGAACGUUAACGAGAGUAAAGAACCGAAGGAAUGUUAACGAGAGUAAAGGAGGAGGAACGUUAACGAGAUUAUAGAACCGAAGGAACCUUAACGAGAAUAAAGGAGGAGGAAUGUUAACGAGAUUUAAGGAGAGGAGGAACAUUAACAAGAAUAAAGACGGAGGAACGUUAACGAGAUUUAAGGAGAGGAGGAACAUUAACGAGAAUAAAGACGGAGGAACGUUAACGAGAUUUAAGGAGAGGAGGAACGUUAACGAGAGUAAAGGAGGAGGAACGUUAACGAGAUUAAAGAACCGAAGGAAUGUUAACGAGAAUAAAGGAGGAGGAACAUUAACGAGAGUAAAGGAGAGGCGGAACGUUAACGAGAGUAAAGAACCGAAUGAAUGUUAACGAGAAUAAAGGAGGAGGGACGUUAACGAGAGUACAGAACCGAAGGAAUGUUAACGAGAGUAAAGGAGGAACGUUAACGAGAGUAAAGAACCAAAGGAAUGUUAACGAGAGUAAAGAACCGAAGGAAUGUUAACGAGAGUAAAGAACCGAAGGAAUGUUAACGAGAGUAAAGGAGAGGAGGAACGUUAACGAGAUUUAAGGAGUCAGUCUGGGGGUUCUAAGGGGCGGGUCCGCCCCGAAGGAAUGUUAAUGAGAAUAAAGACGGAGGAACGUUAACGAGAGUAAAGAACCGAAGGAAUGUUAACGAGAAUAAAGGAAAGGAAGAAUGUUAACGAGAGUAAAGGAGGAGAAACGUUAACGAGAGUAAAGAACCGAAGGAAUGUUAACGAGAAUAAAGACGGAGGAACGUUAACGAGAAUAAAGAACCGAAGGAAUGUUAAUGAGAGUAAAGGAGGAGGAACGUGAACGAGAGUAAAGAACCGAAGGAAUGUUAACGAGAAUAAAGGAGGAGGAACGUUAACAAGAGUAAAGAACCGAAGGAAUGUUAAUGAGAAUAAAGGAGGAGGAACGUUAACGAGAGUAAAGAACCAAAGGAAUGUUAACAAGAAUAAAGGAGGAGGAACGUUAACGAGAGUAAAGAACCGAAGGAAUGUUAACGAGAGUAAAGGAGGAGGAACGUUAACGAGAGUAAAGGAGGAAGAAUGUUAACGAGAGUAAAGAACCGAAGGAAUGUUAACGAGAAUAAAGGAGGAGGAACGUUAACAAGAGUAAAGAACCGAAGGAAUGUUAAUGAGAAUAAAGGAGGAGGAACGUUAACGAGAGUAAAGAACCAAAGGAAUGUUAACAAGAAUAAAGGAGGAGGAACGUUAACGAGAGUAAAGAACCGAAGGAAUGUUGACGAGAGUAAAGGAGGAGGAACAUUAAUGAGAGUAAAGAACCGAAAGAAUGUUAACGAGAGUAAAGGAGGAAGAACAUUAACAAGAGUAAAGGAGGAGGAACGUCAACGAGAGUAAAGAACCGAAGGAAUGUUAACGAGAGUAAAGGAGGAGGAACGUUAACGAAAAUAAAGGAAAGGAAGAACGUUAACAAGAUUUAAGGAGAGGAGGAACAUUAACGAGAGUAAAGGAAAGGAGAAACGUUAACGAGAAUAAAGAAUGUUAACGAGAAUAAAGGAGGAGGAACGUUAAUGAAAGUAAAGGAAAGGAGGAAUGUUAACAAGAUUUAAGGAAAGGGGGAACAUUAACAACAUUUAAGUAGAGGAGGAACGUUAACGAGAGUAAAGGAGAGGAGGAACGUUAACGAGAGUAAAGAACAAGGAACGUUAACGAGAGUAAAGGAAAGUAGGAAUGUUAACGAGAUUUAAGGAGAGGAGGAACGUUAACGAGAGUAAAGGAAAGGAGGAAUGUUAACGAGAUUUAAGGAAAGGAGGAACGUUAACGAGAAUAAAGGAAAGGAGGAACGUUAACAAGAUUUAAGCUGAGGAGGAACGUUAACGAGAGUAAAGGAGGAGAAACGUUAACGAGAAUAAAGGAGGAACGUUAACAAGAAUAAAGAACAAGGAACGUUUACGAGAGUAAAGGAAAGGAGGAACGUUAACGAGAAUAAAGGAGGAGGAGUGUUAAUGAGAUUUAAAGAGAGGAGGAACGUUAACGAGAGUAAAGAACAAGGAACAUUAACGGGAGUAAAGGAAAGGAGGAACGUUAACAAGAUUUAAGGAAAGGAGGAACGUUAACGAGAGUAAAGGAAAGGAGGAACGUUAAUGAGAAUAAAGGAAAGGAGGAACGUUAAUGAGAAUAAAGGAAAGGAAGAACGUUAACAAGAUUAAAGGAAAUGAGGAACAUUAACGAGAGUAAAGAACAAGGAACGUUAACGAGAGUAAAGGAAAGGAGGAACAUUAACGAGAGUAAAGAACAAGGAACGUUAACGAGAAUAAAGGAAAGGAGGAACGUUAACAAGAUUUAAGCUGAGGAGGAACGUUAACGAGAGUAAAGGAGGAGAAACGUUAACGAGAAUAAAGGAAAGGAGGAACGUUAACAAGAAUAAAGGAAAGGAGGAACGUUAAUGAGAUUUAAGGAGAGGAGGAACGUUAACAAGAGUAAAGAACAAGGAACGUUUACGAGAGUAAAGGAAAGGAGGAACGUUAAUGAGAAUAAAGGAGGAGGAGUGUUAAUGAGAUUUAAAGAGAGGAGGAACGUUAACGAGAGUAAAGAACAAGGAACAUUAACGGGAGUAAAGGAAAGGAGGAACGUUAACAAGAUUUAAGGAAAGGAGGAACGUUAACGAGAGUAAAGGAAAGGAGGAACGUUAAUGAGAAUAAAGGAAAGGAGGAACGUUAAUGAGAAUAAAGGAAAGGAAGAACGUUAACAAGAUUAAAGGAAAUGAGGAACAUUAACGAGAGUAAAGAACAAGGAACGUUAACGAGAGUAAAGGAAAGGAGGAACAUUAACAAGAUUAAAGGAAAGGAGGAACGUUAACGACAGUAAAGAACAGAAGGAACAUUAAUGAGAAUAAAGAAUGUUAACGAGAAUAAAGGAGGAGGAACGUUAACGAGAGUAAAGGAAAGGAGGAAUGUUAACAAGAUUUAAGGAAAGGGGGAACAUUAACAACAUUUAAGUAGAGGAGGAACGUUAACGACAGUAAAGAACAGAAGGAACAUUAACAAGAUUAAAGGAAAGGAGGAACGUUAACAACAGAAAAGAACAGAAGGAACGUUAGUGAGAGUAAAGGAGAGGAGGAACAUUAAUUUGAUUAAGGGAACAUUAAGGAGAUUAAAGGACCGGAGGAACGUUUAUUGUCAAAUGCACCAUAAACCUUUAGCAGAGACAGGAGUGAGGCAUCGUCCUCGUGGAUCAUGGAACUCAGGUAAAGACGUUCUACAGUCCACGUUCCUUCAGUUCAUGACAUCCAUCCCAGGUGGAUGCUGGUGUCCUGCUGGCCUGAAGCUGCUCAGCGGUCUGGAGGUUCUGGUCCAGAUGUUCUGGUCCAGAUGUUCUGCAGCCUCUCACCAGAGGAACCUGGAAGUAGUCCAGUCAGCUUGUGGCUUUCUGUCUGCGUGAGACGUUCCUCUGUAGAACGUUGUCAUGACUGAUAGGAGAACUCCAGAGAGAGCACUGCUGAGCUCUGUGGUGACGGUGACGCUGUUAGUGGACCAGAUCAGGACCGGGUCAGGACCGGGUCAGGACCGGGCCAGACCACUUUAAGUGGCCCAGACCUGUGACUGAGGUUGUGCAGCCAGAACCAGAACCAGAGAUGUGAAGACAUGCCGCAGACCAGCCCAGGUCUGACAGGAUCUGAGUAACCAGAACCAGUCUGACUGUGGACGGCUGGUCAGGGCUGGUUCUGGAGGGUUCUGGUCUCUGGGCUCCUGAUACCUGGACUGGGCUGGUUCUGGAGGGUUCUGGUCUCUGGGCUCCUGAUGCAUGGACUGGGUUCUGGUCUCUGAGCAGGCUCCUGAUGCCUGGACUGGACUGGUUCUGGAGGGUUCUGGUCUCUGGGCUCCUGAUGCAUGGACUGGGCUGGUUCUGGAGGGUUCUGGUCUCUGUGAGCCGCGGCUCCUCUCAGCUUCUCUCUAAUUGGUUUAGAGCGUGCACGGCGGCGUGCACGGUGGCGUGCACGCCGCCGUGCACGCGGCCCUCUGGGGAUCAGCAGCGUUUUCCUGCAGCGCUGCGAUCGAUGCUCAGGAAGUGUUGCUCAUAACUGCAGAAGGCCGAGGGAGCAUCGAUCAGGUGCUCUGAAGGAGCCAAUCAGCCGCCGCCGCCUGCGGUGGGGGCCCCGGGGCCUAAUGAAGAGGAUGGUCCAGCUGAGGACCAGAUCAAUGCGGGGGAGGAGACAGUGGGAGUCUUCCUCCUCCGCCUCCUCAGAUCAGAUCAGAGCGAAGAGGAGCAGCAUGCCAGAGGGACCCUGAGCCGCCACGCUUUUAUUCUGAAGGACCGAGCUGAUCCAUGGAGGGAAGCAGGAGGCUGGUGCUGCUGGAGCUUCUCGUGGCCACGCUGCUGAUGAGGGUGAACACGACACGCGUGGUGAGCGGUCAGACGGUGUGUGUGGGUGGCGCUGAACAUCCCUGCUACAAAAUCGCGUACUUCCACGACGUGUCGAGCCGAGUGGCGUUCAGCGAGGCGAGGCAGGCCUGCGAGAUGGACGGAGGAGCUUUGCUGAGCAUCGAGAGUCCAUCAGAGCAGAGGGACGUUGAACACCUGCUGCAGGCGCUCCAUUCAGGGGCCGUGGGCAGAGCCAGAGGUGGGAUAUCUGACGGGGAUUUCUGGAUCGGCCUGACCCGGGUGGGCGGAGCUGACAACACCUUGACUCCCUGUCCUGAUCUGUACCAGUGGACCGACGGCAGCGUCGCCACCUUCAGGAACUGGUACUUUGACGAGCCGUCCUGCGGCGGGGAGGCCUGCGUGGUCAUGUACCACCAGCCAACGGCACCUUCAGGCCUGGGCGGGGCAUAUCUCUACCAAUGGAACGAUGACCGCUGCAACAUGAAGCACAAUUUCAUCUGCAAGUAUGAGCCAGACAGCCACCUGGUGAAGGAACAUGGCGACACUCCAACAGGGCGGGGCACAGCAUCGACUGCCGGAGGUGUGGUGACUCAGUCUGCAGGGAGUGAGAGCAUCCCUCCUCAUGUGGCCAUGGCAGGAUCUUCAGGAAUGCUGCUGCUGUAUGUGAUCAUCCCCACCAUCCCUCUCCUGCUCCUCAUCCUGGUGGCUUCUGGAACGUGCUGCUUCCAGACGCUCAGCAGGAGCCGUCCUCGGACAAAGACUCCUGCUGACCAAUCAAACUUCUGGAUCUCCAGGACGCCCAAACCCGACGGCAUGGAAGUGUGACAUCACUGUGACAUCAACGCCAGAACGUCACUUUUAAUUAGUUACAUGGGCUGAAACUGUUUCCUGUGUGGCUCCGCCCCCUCCUGUGACUCCUCCCUCCUGUGACUGGGGGCGGAGUCAGAGGGUGACGUCAGUGAGCUGUGUGGGUGGAGCUUGUUUAUUGUAUUUUAGUGACCUCAUUCAUGUGCUGUUAGUGACCCAGAAGCGUUCUGGUUCCCCCAGCUGUUCUGGUUCCGGGGGAACAGCAGGUGUUCUACAGGAGAGCGCCACCUGCUGGACUGACAUGUUUGGAUCAGGAAGUACGGAGCAAGGAGAGGGACAAAGCAUCAUGGGUUAAAUCCAGAACCUCCAUGAUCCCUGGACGCUCCAGAACCCAGAAGGCAAUCAGGAACCUGGGUCAGACCAGUGGACUUUGUACCAGUCAGUGCGGUUCUGUUGGAUGUCUGAGAACCAACAGAACAGCAAAGGUUCCCAGGAGCACCACUGAAAUGUUCUGGAGGUUCUGCUGCAGAACUUCAGACGUCCUGAUUGGCCCUCUGGUCGCUCCGUACCUGAACAGUCUGAGCCGGGCUCGAUGAUGAAAACAAGCUUAUCCAUAAAAUAGAAAUCUUAUUGGUGUCGAUAAUUAUCAACAAAUUAAGAACAUUUAAGCUCUGGCCAUUUUAUCCUGUUGCUUAGCAACCUGUUUUAAGAUAAAGACACAAACACUGAAUUCAAACUCAACCUUUAUUCAACCAACUUUUUACCAAAACAAGUUUUUGAAAUAAAGAACGUGCGUUCUGUGAAGGGGGCGGGGCUUGGUUCCUGGGUCUGCAUUGUGAUUGGCUGGGAGGAUGUAAUGAUGUAAUAUUAACCUAGAUGCUAGAAUAGAAAAAGUAAAACUAUUAUUCUAUUGAACUUUUUAUUGAUUUUAUUUAAAACUGUUUUUCCUGUCGAUCGAUGUUGAAUUGUCGUCCAGCCCAACCUUUGACCCGCUGAUGGUGCGUUUGAGGGACAUCAGACACGGGGAACACGGCGGCCCAUCAGGAGGUUCUGAUGUUGACUGCGUGCUUCUUGAUGCAUGAAGCUUCAAUGUUUAAUAAAAAAUGUCUGAUCA